AUGGAGCGAUUCGCGCGCGCGCUCUGGCUCCGGUGGCUCUGGCUGGCAUGGACCGACCCAGCGCGGCCGUGGGUGGGCACAGGAUCGCCAUGCGAUGUCAAGGACCGGGCUCUCUUCGCCUCGGCCACAAAGGUGGAGGUGGGCGACGGAAGCCGGGCCCUCUUCUGGCACUGCCCAUGGCUGGGCGAGCAGCCGCUCUGCCGGGCCUUCCCGCUGCUGUUCGGCCGGUCCGUCAGGGAAAACUGCACGGUGGCGGAGGCCCUACAAGGAGACAGAUGGGUGCUCGAUCUGAGACACGGCGACACUACAGAAAUCAUCCCCCAGGUCAUCCUGUUGCGGCACCGGAUCAGCGAGGCAAACCUGACCCUCCAUCAAGGGGUGGCAGACGUGAUCAGGUGGAAGGCGGGAGGCCAAUACACGGCGAGAGCAGCUUACAGAAUGCAAUUCACAGAUGAGCCGAGGGAGCAGCUGCAUCAACUCAUAUGGAAGACUUGGGCGCCGGGCAAGGUCAAAAUUUUCCUCUGGCUGCUCAACCUUAAUCGUCUCUAG